UUUGUCAGGCCAAUCCAAUUGGUUCGGUAGCGAAAGGGAGUUCUGUUCAGUGUUCUGAUUUUCGGAAUUCGUCUCUUGUCUCCUCAUCCUCAUCUUCAGAUUGCCUCAGUUCUCAAUGUUCCCAUUUGCAUUAUUUAUCAUCAGUCGUUUGACGAAAUGACGAUCGUGCAUGUAUGUACAUUAUGUAAUAUGUAUGUUUUUUUUUAGUUUUUUUACCAUAUGAUAGAGACCUUAGUGAUGUGUAGUGCAUGUGAUCGUGCUUUGUUUCACCAUCGAGUCGUUCUGUGAAGUGUAGAUACGAAGUACGAACUGUUGUGUAUUUCGAGUUACAACUUCACUUCGGAGAGCGUGAUUUCGUGCGGAUUUAUUUUUUAUUUGGCGAUCGAAAGUGAUAACUAGUUCGAAGAAAAAUGGACGCUUUACCGAUGAAGUUACAAAGUUUGGCUGAAAAAUCGAUAUGUGUUUGGCUGGUAUACGAAUGGGCCAACGGCGAAUUACCGGUAAUCGAUGUGUGGAGAAGAAAACAAGGCUACAGUAUUAUUUGCUAUUGCUCGGCUCACGACUGGUUCGUGUGGCAGUUAUGCGGGGGCCGGUGGAGCAGCUGACUACCUCCCAAAAAUGCGUGAAAUCGUCAAGGCGAGCGAUAGGAAGAAUUACACGGUGCGAGUGAACUAAAUUUGUAUACGGGACGCGCGGGGAUAUGCCGCCGAGCGGUACGCGCGGGGAUAUGCCGCCGAGCGGUACGCGCGGGGAUAUGCCGCCGAGCGGUACGCGCGUACCGCUCGACGGCAUAUUCUAGUUCAUUUACAAUUGAAAAAACAUAAAAAAUCACAAAAAAUAUAAAAAUUGAAAAUUGAAAUAAUUUUGAAUAAUUUUCAAUUUUUUACAAAUCAAAAUAGUCAAAAAUCAUUAAAAUCAACUCGGAAAAAUAAAAAUCGUACUCCAUAAGCAUCGUGUGGCGCCGUGUAACACGGGCCUUGAGGUAGUCAGCUCCUCCACCAGCACCGUUAUGCGAAAUGCGAGUACCUCGAUUCGCUCAUAUACCGAGUAAAAUUCAGCGCCAAAUCGAAGACAGCAUGAUAUCGAUCUUGGAAGCAGUUAAUGCGUGGAUUCAAGCGCAUCAUUGCCAUGCGCCUAGUAUCUUCCACGAUCAUCCAUCGUCUCCGUUAAACGAAUACAUCGUGAAACUAGUUUGGAACCAUCGUUUUGAAAUCGAUUACGUGGCUACUGCGAAAAAUAUCGCGACGCGAUCGAUUCGAUACCGAGAUUCGAUUUCAAAGUGGAUCCGUUCGAGGCGUAUUGGAGCACGUACUUGAAAAACGAGUUGGAUACGAUAUGGGUACCGAAUUCUUCGCUCGAAUUGUGGCUUUUCAACACUUCGCGGCAGCGUCUUUGGUGGCCACCGGUCGUGUACUUCUUCGAUAAGCUGGACUUGGCGAGAAAAUCCGCCGAAUUUGUAAAUAUGAGUAUGUUUGAGUUGUACGACGAAGCCCACGCGAAAGCAUUGUUGGCGAAAUUGGCGGAUAAAGAAUGGAAUCUGGCGUGUCGUACUGGUACUUCGAUUUCGAAAUUGGUCGAAAGAUUCGUUCAACGGGGUGUUGUGGACGACGUACGUUACAUUUGGACAAUGUUCGGGAGUAAAAUGAACUCGAAGAAUUUCUGCGCCAUUAUCGAAACACUGGUACUUUCAUCGAUGCGAAACGCGAACGAUUUCGAAAAAUGGACCCGGUUGUUGAUGGAAAUUUGGACCAGCGCUAGCAGCAAGUUGCAACAAUCGGCCGUCGAUAUUGAAUUGUGGCGGAGUAUGGCCAAAAAAUUCAUCGAUGAUUUUGGAGACCGUUUACGCGAUUUUCGUGCUCGUCGACUGAUCAGCGACCCGUUGGCGUUCGUUAGAAAGGUGUUGGAAAUCAUGCCCGUCGAGAUGCGAUCGGAAUUUUUCCACAAGAAUUGCUGUUUAUUGAACAUCUGGGCGCCGUUUGCUGCGGUACAUGAAUUGAUGCGCGAUUUUCUGCCACAUUACGAUCGCGACGUUGUCGAGUUGAAAGAAGUAGUCGCCAAUGCCAACAACGAUGACGGAAUACAAUCGUUGUUAUGCGUAUUGCUGGAUUAUAGCGAAUAUGACGAAAUCGAUACCGUAAUGUCAUUUCAUAAUAUAUCGAGGAUCCGUAAGUUCAAUUUUAUAACGUCUUCGUAUGCGGUAGAUCACAUGUGUUUGCGCGUUUAUCGCGGUGAUUGGAAGGACUUGUGCAAGUACGUAGAGGAAAACGUUUCGUGGAUAUCUCCGGAUACAUCUGAAGAGAUAAUGAAAAAAGUGAUCUGGACGAGGAGAUACUGGGCUCGGAAAAUCGACAAAGGCGAAAUGCACGACUUGAGGGAAUUCGCCAGCACGGUGUAUUACGCUGCCAGCAACCAAUUGAAAUUUUUGAAAAAGUUGUUCGAAAGUCGUCUGUUGAAAGUUUUGUUCAAGCCGGAUUACAGCACGAUCAACUGUCGCAAAAAAAUGACUUUCGAUCGAGCUGCCUUGCAGGAUUAUUUAUUAUGGAUUUACGACGGCGACGAACGUUUAAUCGAAGAUAACUUCAAGCGACCGCCCUUGUUUCCUGGAGGAUUUUUGGUGCAGUUGAAAGGAUGCGUUGCCGAAGGUUCUUUUCGUGUUACCGAGUCGAUGGAUGAGUUUUUGAAAUGGUGUUUCGCGACCGAAGCAGAAAGGCGGCAGUUUAAACGCGAAAUGAUAUACGAUUACCGAAAGCAUGGGUUGAUCGAAGGUCUAUUGAUGCGCCUGAAAUAUCGUCGAAGUGCGUUGUUGUGGUUUUUCGACGAAGAUACCAGUUUGAUUGAAAAAUUCUCGGCUGAUUGCGUGGGUGAUCCGAUGAACUCGUAUUAUAUUCCUGAUUCUAUAAGUUCUGGUAGCGAGUUUAGUUCGAGUAGCGAUUCUAGUUCUGGUACUAGUAGUGAUGAUGAAGACUGGAUGUAGCGAAAAAGUGAUCGGUUGGAUUAGAUAUCAUGAGCUUUUAUUACCUAAAAGUAAUUUUUAAAUAGGUAUUCAUUUUUGUGUUCGUGGAAUCUUUUUUUAAGUCGUUUUUAUGUUUGUUUACUCCUAUUAUUAUUAUUUUUUUCAAAGUCUUGUUUAUUAUCAAUUUUAUUUUAUUCUUUAAUUGGAAAUUCAACUAGAUAUAGCUAUUCUGAAGUAGGUAGGUAAUAGGUAUGUUGGUUGAGUACGCAAUGAUUUACCUUGACUUUAUGCUUCAUCGAUUCAUCAUCUCAUAUUUAAUGCAUUUUUGUUUUUUAAUAAUAUUG